AUCAAUUAAUUAAUCUCAACUUUUAACUGUAUUUUGUCUUCAUCCUCCAUAUAAAAAACUUAACUACAUUAAAAUAAAGAAAAAGAAUUGCACAAAAUGUUCUUAUAUUAGUCAUUGGAUGAAAGAUUAUGUUUCUUUAAUUAAAAAGAUCUUUAUUUCAGAUUAAAUAAUUGCAAAUUUAAGAUCACCUCUCUAUAAAAACUCCUAGUCUUAUGAGUAUUCUCCACAGCAAAACCAUCAUAAAAACAAGUUAGUUAUACAGAACAAACAGAAAAAAAAUGGAAAACCAAGUUAUCUCCAACAUUCUUCUAAUAUCCUCUGUUCUCAUUCUUGUUUUCAGUUUUGCAGCCUCUCAAUCCUGCAGUCCUAGCGGCGCAAUUCGAGGUACAAAGCCUCCUCCGGGACAAUGCAAUCAAGAAAACGAUUCGGAUUGCUGUGUACAAGGCAAAAUGUACACUACAUUCAAGUGUUCACCUCCGGUGACCGGAAAUACUACAGCAACAAUGACAAUUAACAGCUUUGCAGCGGGCGGUGACGGCGGUGGGCCGUCGGAAUGUGAUAAUAAGUAUCAUUCAGAUGAUGAGCUGGUGGUAGCACUCUCUACAGGAUGGUUUAAUAACAUGAGUAGGUGUUUGAAAUAUGUUAAUAUCCAUGGGAAUGGAAAAAGUGUUAUGGCUAAAGUAGUUGAUGAAUGUGAUUCUACUAUGGGAUGUGAUUCUGAUCAUGAUUAUCAGCCGCCUUGUCCGAACAACAUUGUGGAUGCCUCGAAAGCUGUGUGGAGCGGCUUAGGAAUAUCCGAUCCCGAUGAUGUUGGAUCGUUGGAUAUAUCUUGGUCAGAUGCUUGAGUUCUUUAUAUAUACAUGUGUAGCUUCUUAUCCAAGUUAUUUCUUUCCUUUAUCAGGUUGUUAUGUAUGCUAUGUAAUCUAUCUGUACUUGGAACUUUUCUAUGUAAAAAUGCAGUGUAUUUUGUACCUUAA